GGAAACGGGUAGACGCUACCCGAUUGCUUGGAGAGAAAGAAAGCGCGAACCCGCGUGAGGCAGGCAGACCAAAAAUAGGAAGAGUGGCAAGCCUGCCUCCACAGAGGAUCAAUUCUGCACGAUAGAGCACAGCAAUGAGAGGGCAACAACAGCUGCAGUGAUCCUGAAUGUUUUCCUGAAGUAUUACCAUGUAUGAAGCAAAGGAAAGACAGAAGUUUAUCAGUGAUGCUCAGUACCUAAGAGAGAUGCAGCACAAGAUGGAUUCAGAGUAUCAGGCUUGCCUGAGAAAACAAGAACAGAUUAAAGAUCAGUCUGAUAAGAAACGAGAACAUAACAGACAAGAACUGAGACAGACAAGUUUAUCAUCUAUCUCUCCUGUGCGUAGAUAUGAAAGGCCAUGGAUUUCAAGACUUCCUGUUAAUAGACAGACCUCAUCUGAUGAAAUGUCUGGAAAUGAUCCAAAAUCCAGUGCAAAAUCUCAUGGGAAUAAAUCAGAAGCUAAAUUUCCUGCUAUUGACAAAACAUCUGUUAAGCAGAAGCAAAAACCAAGCACAACCACAAAAAAAAAUGAAAAAAGUGGAUCUGGCCUCCAAAAAGAUACACAAGGUUUCCAGAAGCCAAUUUUAUCAAAAAGACAACGAAUGAACCAGAGAAGUAUGCUGGAAAAUUCAAACUCUGAAACUAUUAGAAAAGCAGAAGGAAAAGGAAGGAGAACACCAAUGCUGCAGGGAAUAACAAAGACUACUGGGUCUGAACCACAAGAUGUCAUAGGACAAAGAAAUGGCCCUACUCUGAAGACAAAGAAGAAACCUCAAGAAAAAAAGAACUUAUUCCAGUCCUCUAAAUUAACCAUAGAUAGCAAAAACCUAGACAAGGAUCUUAAGAAAGGAAAUAUUCUUACAGUAGCUCAGCAGCCCUUGGCUAAUUCAAUGGACUCUACUGUUCAGACUGCUAACAAUUCUUCUGUAUCAAGUGAAUCAAGCAACUCAAAUCUUCCACCCAUUAAAAAUACCCUUAUAAAGUCCAAAGAAGAUGAUUUUUACACAGUGUUGUGCUCAAAUGUGGAAGCAUCUGUUGGAGUAAAUGAAGACACCAAAAAUGAUAACUUAGAAGAACUUCUUUCUGUUGAUCUCAAUAAACCUCCUCUUCCUGAUCAAAGUAGGGGUAGUGGGAUAUCUUUAACACAAGUGGAGCAGCAUAAUUGUGAAACUGGAGUUGGGAGUGAUGGAAGAAGGGCUGAACUUUCCCAUAGAUUGUUACGACAACAUGAUGUAACAGUGGACCCAGCUAUUGAACCACAUUCAGUAGGACAAAGAAAAGUAAGAGAUCAAAGAAAAUCUUAUGCUCUUGAAGAAAACCUUUUGGAAGAGACUCACAAAAACGAAAGUGAACAUUUGGAAUUUAAUACAAAAAACUCACAAGCUGAAAACAGACCAGGAAGUACAGCAGCUGUUGAGGCUCCUGGCAAUUUAAAUUCUCCUGAAGACUGGCAAGGGAGCAAUGUCUAUGGCAGAGAAAGACAGAGUUUUGAGAGCAAUCAAAGAUAUUAUGCUGGUCUUGUUACUUCAGCUAGACCAAUAGUGCAGAGGCCUUCUAUGCGUUCUACACUUAAUAUCCCAGGCACCUUAAUACAACCUGCAAACAGAAGUGACAUUGCUGGCAAUGUGGAUGUUGCUACAGCUUCUGUGCAAAUCACAGAACUGAAUGGAAACGCAAGACUAACUGCUCGCAGACAACUAUCUCCCAUAAGAAUCAGGGAUUCCUUUUCAGGUGCUGAAAGUUGCCAGUCUUCAUCACCCACAGUCAGCACCUUUGAGGAUAGCAGCCUGCUUGAGGAUAAUAUAAGCAAUGGUCUCAGUAGCAUAUCUCCAAGCACUGCUUCUCAUGAUGAAGAUAACUUUCUGAAUUCCCACAGUUCCUCAUCAUCAACAGAUUCUUCCCCUCCAUCUCUUUUCCGGACAAACUUCACAGCACAUCUUCACAUGGCUGGUCCUUUACCUGAUCAAGUUCCAAUUUUCCUGACAGUAUCUGAUUUGCGGAAUCAAAGCAACUAUAUAAGCAGUACUACUACUUACAAUUCACUAAGUACCAAAGAGAUUAAUAAACCUGAAACAGACCCUGAGAAGCUAAAAAAGUUGCAAGAGAGUCUCCUGGCUGAAGACUCUGAAGAGGAGGGAGACCAGUGUCGGAUAUGCCAGAUUGCAGGAGGAUCUGUAACCAAUCCUCUGCUAGAACCUUGUGGAUGUGGAGGAACUCUUCGAUUUGUUCAUCAGGAAUGUCUAAAGACCUGGUUAAAGGCUAAAAUAAAAUCAGGUGCUGAGCUUGGUGCAGUGAAAACAUGUGAGCUGUGUAAGCAGAGUCUCACUGUAGAUCUGGAUGACUUUAAUGUGAAUGACUACUACAGGAAUCAUCAGCAGUCUCGGGCCCAGGACGAGCUGAUGAACUCAGGCCUUUAUCUUGUACUGCUGCUUCAUCUAUAUGAGCAAAGGUUUGCAGAACUCAUGAGAUUAAACUACAAUCAAGCCUCCAGAGAUAGGCUCUCAAGGCAACCUAGAACAGAGGAAAACCAAAAUCCAGCCAAUUCUGCCAACAGUGGCUAAGAACUGUCAAGCAGGAUCUGAAGAAGCAAAUUCCCUUUAGAAAUCUGACAGAACUCUCCUCUACACCCUUCCACUUUCACCCGUUGAUAACAUCAGGCCAAAAUGAAUAUGUAUACCAUUCAUAUUCAGUGUCACCCAUUUAAAUCUAAAGCCUUCUAAGGGUCUGGGGUUGUUUGUGUGGUUCGGUUCUUGUCUUUUCUUAAGUUGCAUUACUGACUUUUUAUUAACAACAUGGGUUAUUAACAGCAACUUGCAAAGUGUAAGUAUCUCCUACUGACUAGCCAGCAACUACUACUUAAUAUUUAAACAAUCACUAGAGUUUUGUUUGUGGGUAUUUUUUAAAUUGAACUUUAGCAACCUCCUAGAUGGCUAGGUACCUGCUUUCCUACACCUGCUUUAGAAGCCAGUCUCCAUCAUUUUGCUGUGGGUCAGGGGCUCCUUGAAGAUCCAGAAUCAUUUGUACAUUAAAACAGAGUUGUAUUCCCAGUCUUAUCAUAAAACAUUCUGUGGCACACAGAUAUAAAUGUAUUGAUGUACUGUUGUAUGAUCAUCUUUAUAACAUUACUGCCUAUGAUUUGCAUGGCACAAGAACCUAAUAAAAACACAAGUAUUUUGUUCUCGUUCCAGUCACCACAUCACCCUUUUUGCAGAGUAGAUAUCUUGCUUAUUUAUAACACCACUGUUACUUUUCGGGCAAGGGUGAAAAUCCAAUAGGAAUUUCCCUCAUAAGUCUAGUACUUAGAGUUUUUGGUGUAAACUUUCUUUACCUUGAUGUAAAGCACAGAGUUUUAAUCAACUCUCAAAACUUCACUUAUUUUACUUUGCUAUGUAUCUGUUGGUGGUAUUUUUCUUAGCAAGGACUGUUUCAUUUCCAUGCUCAGUACAACACUUGCCAUUCUGCUCAUGAUGGUUUAAUGUCACAGUAAUACCAGCAACUGUAGCCCAGAAAAUUAACCUCAGUUGGAGCCAUUACACUGAACACUGCCACUAAUUUCCAUGCUUCAUUGAAGAAUGUCUAAAGCUAGAGGCAGCUUUUGAAAAGCUAUAUUGCCAUACAUUACAAAUUGGGGGACGUGAUUUAUAAAUACAGAAAAUACUUUUGAAGUUUCCCUAUGCCCACAGGAGGGGAUUCUAGAACCCUGAGAUAGCUCUUAAGGCCCUCUUGUAGUCCAGGCAUACCCUACUGGUUACAGAUGUAUGAAUCCUUAUCAAAGAGGCUGCCUUUCCUUGCUACAUUGCACAAGCAGUGAAUGCCUUCAAUGAUCAAGUGUAGUGUCUACGCAACCUUUUUAAGCUAUGCUGAAUAGCAACAUACUUCUUGUAGAAUGAAAACUAUCUUAAAUUCUUUUUUUUAACUGAUCUUUUUUGUUAUAUGUGAAAGUAACUGUCAAAACCUUUACAACUGCAUCCCUGAAGAGGAAUGCAUUAUCUAAGACUAAGCAUAUCUCAUAGAUACACUAUCUAAAGCUUCACUGGCAUUCUGAUUUUCAUCUUGCUUUAGAGUUGGAUGCCCCAGAGACAGGUAUUCUGACUGUUCUCCUAAAGGAGGAUCAGGUGGGCAAGUUGCAAAUCAACUGUACGGAUUGUAUUUUUAGUUCUCCAUUUUCAGAAACAGUUCUACUAAGUUUUCCUUUAUAUCAUCUCUCUAUAUACUGUAGUUUGACUUGAGUUAGCUACCUGUAUAAUUCAAAGGAGACAUCUAUACUAUUAUAGAUGUUGCUAUAUUUGCAAUUAGACUGGGAUAAACUGUUGUAAAGUUUGGCUGAGACCAGAAUGAAAUACUACUGAUUUUUUAAAGUUCUUCUACUUCACACAUUGCCUAACAUAAAAACUACCUAUCUGAUGAUGUUGAGUUCCAACAGAGCCAUUGCAGAGAAAAAAUUAACAAUGCUUAUUAAAGUCACACAAAAUGGAAUCUUCCCAAUAUUAAUCAAAGCAGAGAUCAGCAUUGUAAGAGUACAUUCUGAGAGAAUAAAAUAAAUCACAAAGGGGCAAGAGCUGUUUUGACUCUUUAUGACUAUUGAAAACAUGAAAAAAACUGCUUUUGCUGAAAGU